AUGUCACCGGAUGUGAAACCAGGUCAAUGUCCUGACCCGAAGAACAUUCCACUGUCUGCUAAAAACUGUGUCCAUGAUGGCCAGUGUCCUGCCACACAGAAAUGCUGCCCAACCACCAGUGGCCAUGCAUGCAGUGAACGAAGCCGACAGGGACAGGGCGCCGGCAGCGGACAGGGUGCAGGACAGGGCGCCGGACAGGGCCAGGGAAGCGGACCGGGCCAGGGAAGCGGACAGGGUGCCGGUCAGGGAAGCGGACAGGGUCAGGGAAGCGGACAGGGUCAGGGAAGCGGACAGGGUGCCGGUCAGGGACAGGGACAGGGAAGCGGACAGGGUGCCGGACAGGGUGCCGGUCAGGGAAGCGGACAGGGUGCCGGUCAGGGAAGCGGACAGGGUGCCGGUCAGGGAAGCGGACAGGGUGCAGGACAGGGCCAGGGAAGCGGACAGGGUGCAGGACAGGGCCAGGGAAGCGGACAGGGUGCAGGACAGGGCCAGGGAAGCGGACAGGGAAGCGGACAGGGUGCAGGACAGGGAAGCGGACAGGGUGCAGGACAGGGACAGGGAAGCGGACAGCGUGCCGGACAGGGUGCCGGUCAGGGUCAGGGAAGCGGACAGGGUGCAGGACAGGGUGCCGGUCAGGGAAGCGGACAGGGUGCCGGACAGGGCCAGGGAAGCGGACAGGGUGCCGGACAGGGCCAGGGAAGCGGACAGGGUGCCGGACAGGGCCAGGGAAGCGGACAGGGCCAGGGAAGCGGACAGGGCCAGGGAAGCGGACAGGGCGCCGAACAGGGAAGCGGUCAGGGGACUGGUUUUGGUCAGGGAAUUGGUCAGGGAAGCGGCUACGGUCAGGGAAGUGGCUACGGCCAGGGAUCUGGUAGUGGUCAGGGAAUCGGCUACGGUCAGGGAAGUGGCUACGGCCAGGGGUCUGGUAGUGGACAGGGAGUUGGUCAGGGAAGCGGCUACGGUCAGGGAAGCGGCUAUGGCCAGGGAUCUGGUAGUGGACAGGGAGUUGGUCAGGGA